AUGUUCCGGCGUCUACUUAUCCUUCGCCUCCUCUUUCUACUACCCUUAGCUUCAUCGCGACCGGACCAUAAAAAGGAAGAAGUCGAGAAUCUUCUCAAAUUGAAAUCCGCAUUUGGAGAAACAGAAUCAAACGACGUCUUCGCCAAAUGGACUCACCGGAAAUCGGCUUGUGAAUUCGUCGGAGUCGUCUGCGAUUCCGUCGGAAACGUCGUCGAGAUCAACCUCGGAAGUCGGAGUUUGAUCAACGGAGACAACACUAGUCACGAUCUUCCUUUCGAUUCGAUCUGCGAUUUGAAGUUCCUGGAGAAGCUCGUUCUAGGAAACAACUCCUUGCGUGGCCGGAUUCGUGAGAAUCUCAGGAAAUGCAAUCGCCUGAGAUACUUAGACCUCGGCGUCAACAAUUUCUCCGGCGAGUUCCCGGCGAUCGAUUCGUUGCGAUUACUCGAGUUUUUAAGCGUUAACGCAUCCGGAAUCUCCGGGAAAUUCCCGUGGCAUUCUCUGAAAAACCUGAAGAGACUGAAGUUCUUAAGCGUCGGAGAUAACCGAUUCGAUCGGCAUCCAUUUCCCGGAGAGAUUCUAAACCUCACCGCCUUGAAUUGGAUCUAUCUGAGUAACAGCAGCAUCACCGGUAAGAUUCCAGAGGGAAUCAAAAACCUUCUUCUUCUACAAAACCUUGAGCUCUCCGAUAAUGAAAUCACCGGUGAGAUUCCAAGGGGGAUCUCUCAGCUCAAAAACCUAAUCCAGCUCGAGAUUUACACCAAUUACUUAACCGGAAAGUUACCAACCGGGUUUGGGAGUUUGACGAAUUUGAGGUAUUUCGACGCCUCUAACAACUCUUUAGAAGGUGAUUUGUCUGAGCUCAGAUCUUUAAAGAACCUCGUUUCUCUGGGAUUGUUCGAGAACCGACUAACCGGUGAGAUCCCAAGAGAGUUUGGUGAUUUCAAGAGUUUGGCUGCUCUGUCUCUUUACAGAAACCGGCUCACCGGGAAAUUACCGGAGAGACUCGGAUCUUGGACCGGUUUCAAACACAUGGACGUGUCUGAGAACUUCUUGGAAGGUCAGAUUCCUCCUGAUAUGUGCAAGAAAGGUGUAAUGACGCAUCUUCUCUUGUUACAGAACAGAUUCUCAGGGCAAGUCCCGGAGAGCUAUGCGAAAUGCAAGAGUCUGGUUCGUGUUCGUGUAAGCAACAACUCUCUCUCUGGUGUGAUCCCUAAUGGGAUCUGGGGUUUGCCUAACCUCCAGUUUCUUGAUCUUGCUUCAAACCGUUUUGAAGGAAAUCUCACUGGUGAUAUUGGUAAGGCCAAGUCUCUUGGCUCUUUAGAUUUGAGCAGCAAUCAGUUUUCCGGUUCUCUACCGUCUGAGAUCUCAGGAGCUAACUCGUUAGUGUCUGUUAACUUUCGCCUGAACAAGUUUUCCGGGAAUGUCCCUGAGUCAUUCGGCAAACUUAAGGAGCUUUCGAGUCUCUAUCUUAACGAGAACAAACUCUCCGGUGCUAUACCAGUGUCACUAGGCUUGUGUGCAUCUCUGGCUGACCUAAACCUAGCUGGAAAUUCACUCUCUGGUAAUAUCCCGGAUAGUUUAGGAUCUCUACACUUGUUGAAUUCUCUGAAUCUCUCAGGAAACAAACUAUCAGGAAAGAUUCCGGUUGGUCUGUCGUCUCUCAAGCUAAGCCUACUUGACUUAUCCGAUAAUAAAUUGACCGGUUCUGUUCCUCAAUCACUCAAGACUGGAAGCUUUGAAGGAAAUUCAGGGCUAUGCAGCUCAGAGAUUGCGUAUCUUCAGCCAUGUCGCGACCACGAUGGGACAGCGAAACACUUGUCUAAAUUGGAGAUCUGUUUCAUCGUUGCUUUGUUACUUGCUCUGUUUGUCUUAUUCUGUUACGUGAUCUUCAAGGUAAAGCAAGGUAGGUUAAAUCGAACGGCUGAGAAGAAGAACAACUGGCUAGUGAGCUCUUUCCGGCUACUCAACAUGAACGAAAUGGAAAUCAUCGAUGAGAUCAAGUCAGAGAAUCUUAUAGGCAGAGGUGGUCACGGGAACGUGUACAGAGUGACCCUGAGUAACGGCGAAACACUGGCAGUUAAACACAUAUGGAGACCAGAGGUUUGCAACGAAAGUUUCAGAAGCUCAACGGGAAUGUUAAGUAGUGACAGAAACAACAACAACAACAAUAACCGAGAGUUCGAGGCAGAAGUAGCCACGCUAAGCAAUAUAAAACACAUAAACGUUGUGAAGUUGUUCUGCAGCAUAAUGAGCGAGGAUAGUAACUUGCUUGUCUAUGAGUAUAUGCCUAACGGGAGCUUGUGGGAGCAGUUGCACGAGCGCCGUGGUGAGCAAGAGAUUGGAUGGCGUGUGAGACAAGCAAUAGCUUUAGGAGCUGCUAAAGGGUUGGAGUAUCUUCACCAUGGGUUAGAUCGGCCUGUGAUACAUCGCGACGUGAAGUCAAGCAAUAUAUUGCUUGAUGAAGAGUGGAGAGCGAGAAUUGCUGAUUUUGGAUUGGCGAAAAUCAUUCAGCCUGAUUCGGUUCAACGAGCUUUCUCGGCUCCUCUUGUUGAAGGAACUCUUGGUUACAUUGCCCCCGAAUGCGCAUACACGUCGAACGUGAACGAGAAGAGCGAUGUGUACAGCUUCGGGGUGGUGUUAAUGGAGUUGGUGACAGGGAAGAAGCCAGUGGAGGCAGAGUUCGGCGAGAACAAAGACAUCGUCAUGUGGGUUUGGAGCAGGAGCAAGGAAAUGAACAGAGAGAAGAUGAUGGAAUUAAUCGAUCCGAUUAUCGAGUAUGAACACAAGGAGGAUGCUCUCAAAGUGUUGACCAUUGCUUUGUUAUGUACGGACAAGUCUCCUCAGAGUCGACCGUCUAUGAAAUCAGUGGUUUGUAUGCUGGAGAAAACAGAGUCUUCAUGCAGCAAUAAUGGAGAAGCAAGUUAUGAUGAUAAUGAUAGUGAUGAGAUUACUGAAAUUUAUAACUCAUAG